AUGAGGGUUGCUUCUUUUGUAAAUCAUUUGGAAUUUGAAUUUGAGGGGAACAUAAAUAAGAAUGCAAUAUGCCUUGGUGAUGUUGAUAAUGAUGGACAAAAUGAAUUAAUUGUUGGGAAUGAAAGUGGCAGUCUUGCCAUCUUUAAAGGAGAAAACCCACAGCCAGUACGCGUGGGAACAGAACUUGGAAUGGUGUCGGCUAUUUCAGUUGGUGAUGUAUUCAAUACUGGUCUUAAUGUGUUGGUGGUCGUCACUGGAUGUGGAUAUUGCUAUAUAUAUGAUUUUGAGGAUGAUCAUCUUGGAGACACAUCAGAGAAGAAAUUACUGCAGCCUGUUCAUGCUCAACGUAUCCCUGCCAAUGCCAAAGUCAUGUUAAUUGGUGAUGUUAAUGGAGAUGGCUUUUCAGAGAUGGUUCUUGCUCUCACUGAUCGGGUUGUCCGUACAUACCGAUGGAUAAAUUCUGGUGAUAUUGUUGGGGGCAAGCCUUAUGGGAAAUUGAUUGGGCUUAACAAAUGGGAGUUAGGAGAUCAAAUUGGAAGCAUCUCUUUCAAUAAGUGUAAAGAUGGAACUCCCUCACUUCUGGUUGCUCAGCCUGGUGGCACUUACUUCACUCUGAAAGUACGUGUUAGCCAAGAUAGUGAGCUUGAUCCAUUUGAUGAACAGUCAUCAGAAUUGCUCACUAAAAUGUCACUUGACUAUGAACCACUUGCAUCGGCCAGACUCAGGAAUCCUAACAUUCAUACAGAGAUCUGUGGCAAUAUUAAAUUGGGUAAAAAGAGACCUAGUUCUUACAAAAUUGAAAGUGAAAUUAAUGGUAAUUCAAAAGGGAAAACCAUACACCCAAAUACUGAUAGAUUUGAAGAAAGUCUCUGUGAAAUUUCAAAGUCAGAUUCUAGCAAAUUGAAGUCAAGUUCCAAUGUAGAUGAACUGCCAUAUAAAAUUUUUGAUAAUAUAAUGCCAUCUAUUAGAUCACGCAUUGAUUCGGAUGAAGAUGAUACUGGCUUGGCCACUUCUUUUGCUUUGGCUACUUUGGAUGGUACUCUGAUGCUGGUGCAUGAUGGUAAAAUUAAGUGGAACUUGCAAGUUGAUCAUCAACUUUUUGCUGUUUGUGGAUUGGAUGUUACAGAAGAUGGCAAGGAUGAAGUUGUGGCAUGUGCGUGGGAUGGAAACACCUAUAUAGUCUGCCAGAACACCGAUUGUGUUCGUUUUACUUUUCAUGAGCCUGUCAAUGCAUUCACAGCGGGCUUAUAUGGACUUAGAGGAAAGCAGGUUCCUUGUUUGGUGUAUGCUACCUUCAACAACCACAUCUACCUUUAUCAUGACAUCACAAUGUCCCAUGUUGUCACCAAAACUAUGGUAGAAGUCUUAAAAGAGGAGCCGAAAUAUAAACAGAUGUUGGAUGAACUUGGAAUUAGUGCUAAUGAUGCUGGCAAGCUCACAGAACUAAACCAUUUUCUUUUGUAUGGAAAGCUGGAGUUAUAAUAAUAAUCAUUAUUAUGGAUUCGAGAUAAUUUUACCAUGUGUCGUGGACGUUAUUUUUUGAAAGAUGAAAGCCUUGAUGGAACCUUGUGCUAAUAUUGUAACAAUAUUGAAUAGGGUACAUAUGAAGAAGCAAUUUGAAUAAUAGUACAAAAGGUUGCAUCUUUUAUUAUUUAUCUCAAGAAUGAAAUGUAUUAUUUUACCUGCAGUAUUUGUAAAAGCAAUGAAUAUGCAUACCAACCUAAAAAAAAAAAUUAGUUCAUAACAUUUUAAGUACAGUAUAGAUUUUCUUUUAUGCUUUUUUUUUCUAUGUAAACAUUAACAAUGGUGCCCGUAAAUGCAUAAGUAAUAUACAGUACCUUGCAGACGGUCCAUGGCUGAUGUACUGGGUGACCAGGAGUUUUCCCUUUCAUGUUUUAUGGUUUGUUAAUUUUCUAAUUUGCCCAUAAUUAACAUUUUUAAGUGGAAAUUUAUCAUGUAAAUAAACAUUAUAUUAAU